ACCCAUGUUUGUCAAAAAUUCAGAGCAACAAAAGCACUAGUCACCCAGCCGAAUUUUCUCUUUCUUUGUGAAUUCCUCGACAUACCUUUUCAUGGAGAAAGCAGAAUCUCCGAUUUCCAUCCCUCAGAUGCCCGCUCCCCUAGACUCACCGGAGGCUUCUUCAAAACCUCACAAGAAAAGCUUUGAGAUCACUAUGGAGGCCGCCACUCUCCGCUCCCCUUCCUUCAACGAAGACACUUACUUUUUAUCCCAUUUGAAAUCUUCCGAGAAGAAGGCACUCCAGGAGCUCAAGGACAAGCUCGCCGCUUCCAAUGGCUCCGACAACGACUGCACCAUGUGGGGGAUUCCUCUUCUCGGCGGAAGUGACAAAGCUGAUGUGAUUCUCUUGAAGUUCCUCCGCGCCAGGGACUUCGGGGUGUUCGAUUCGCUGCAUAUGUUGGAGAAAUGUUUGGCUUGGAGGAAAGAGUUCGGAGCCGACGGCAUCACGGAGGAGGACUUGGGGUUUAAGGAGUUGGAAGGAGUGGUGGCUUAUAUGCAAGGGUAUGACAAAGAAGGGCACCCUGUUUGCUACAACGCUUAUGGGGUUUUCAGAGACAAAGAUAUGUACGAGAGAAUCUUCGGAGACGAGGAGAAGCUGAAGAAGUUUCUGAGAUGGAGGGUUCAGAUUCUGGAACGAGGCAUAAACCUCCUCCAUUUCGAGCCUGGUGGGAUUAACUCCCUCAUUCAGGUUACUGAUCUCAAAGACAUGCCCAAAAGAGAGCUCAGAUUCGCCUCAAACCAGAUCCUCUCACUCUUUCAAGACAAUUACCCUGAAAUGGUUGCUCGAAAGAUUUUCAUCAAUGUCCCAUGGUACUUCAGUGUGUUAUACUCCAUGUUCAGUCCAUUUUUAACCCAGAGAACCAAGAGCAAGUUCGUCAUCUCCAGAGAAGGAAAUGCAGCGGAAACACUCUACAAAUUUAUAAGGCCGGAAGAUGUUCCGAUACAGUACGGUGGACUGAGUCGACCCAGCGAUUUGCAUAAUGGAUCUCCAAAACCAACAUCUGAGUUCACCGUUAAGGGAGGAGAGAAAGUGAACAUUCAAAUUGAAGGGAAUGAGGCUGGUGCGACCAUAACCUGGGACCUGGUGGUCGGUGGUUGGGACUUGGACUACAGCGCCGAAUUCAUCUCCGGUGCAGAAGGCAGCUACUCCAUUGCCGUGGAGAAUCCACGGAAAAUGGCUCCCUCAGACGAGGCCAUCCACAACUCCUUCACAUUUCCAGAAGCCGGCAAGAUGGUGCUCUCCGUCGACAACACCGCCUCCUGGAGGAAAAAGGUGGCUGCUUAUCGCUACAUUGUUCGAAUAUCCAGAAGUGUAUAGCAUUUUAAUUUCCUCACGGUUAAUAGUAAGGUCAUAAGAGUACUUAUAUGCCUUUCCUAUCUACAUUGAAGAAGAAGAAAGUAGUUUAACUUUGUCAGAAAACAAUCUAUUUUCUGUGUCAUUCCUGGGGAAAGAUUUCAGUUUGAGAGUUGAAACGGAGCUUUCACUUGUGUAAUGUAAAUCUGGUGGAUUUUAUCUCUAGCAUUGCUUCUGAGAACUAUAUAUAAGAUUAGUAGCACUACAAGAAAAAGGACAAUUCUCA